UUUCUGUUCCUUGCAGCCGAUUUCAAAUCUCAAACUUUGUCACACAUCUGCCACUGUUACAUUAAUUAAUGUGAAAGUAAGUUAGACAAAGAAGAUGAUAUCAAUAUAAAGAAUGAGUUCAAGACGACCUUUGAGCAGCCUUGGCCUUGCUGUCCCUGUGGUGACGAAGCUUUUAGACGCAGAUUUCGUGUAUGAUGAUGAUGUGCAAAGCCUGAAGCCAACAGAGUUGAGUGCAGCUACCGGGCUGACCUUAAAGGAGAGUGCCGAGGUAUUACGUUUGGCAGCAAGCGUGAAUGCAGAGCAGCCAGUCACCGUUAUGCAGAUGAUUGAAGAUGAGAGUGACGUGUGUCAUGUAGUAACCUUUUGUGAAGCUCUUGAUGAUAUGCUUGGGGGAGGCAUACCCCUGCGUGCAAUAACAGAAAUAUCAGGGACGCCAGGUAUUGGGAAAACACAGCUCUGCUUGCAAGCAUGUGUGUCUGUACAACUUCCGGACAGUGUGGGUGGUGUUGGUGGAGAGGCCGUUUUUGUAGAUACUGAAGGUAGUUUUACUGUUGGAAGACUAAAAGAUAUGGCAAGUCAUGCAGUAGAACAUGUUCAGAACAUUGCAGGAGAUGAAAUAGAUGUGUCUUCCUUUACAAUUGAAUCAAUUCUGAAGGGAGUUCAUUACUUUAGAUGUCACAGUUACAUUGAAGUUCUUGCUGUGAUACGUCACCUGCCGGUCUUCCUUCAGUCACACCCAAAACUGAAGCUUUUUGUCAUUGACUCCAUUGCCUUCCAUUUCCGUCAUGACUUCCCAGACAUGAUGGCCCGAACAGGUCUUCUGUGCAGGAUAACACAGCAACUGAUACAGCAGGCUACCAAAUAUAAUAUGGCUGUAAUUGUCACAAACCAAAUGACCACAAGAAUAGAAAGUGGUGGAUCUCAGUUGGUAGCUGCCCUAGGGGAGACUUGGGGUCACUGUCCAACCAUGAGACUCACUCUACACUGGUCAGGACGAGUGCGAGUUGCUUCUCUCACAAAGGCCCCACACAGGAAUAAUGCUUCUAUUCAGUACCAGAUAACGAAAGCUGGCAUUCGUGAUAUAACUCCCUUUAUGGCUGAUGCAAGUACUCCAUUGACAAUGGAUUCUCCUGACAGAAAAAAGAGAAAAUUAAGCACUUCAAUGUAAUUUUACUUCAAAGGUCUUACCAGAAACACUGCUGUGGUGAAAAAGGCCAUAUAUCAUCCAUUUAUGUAUUUUUUAGUCCUAUAGUUAUUAGAUAAAAUUUGUAGUGUUUUCUAUUGAGCAAGAUAUAUAUGUAUAUAUUGUUUUAGCAAAGGAUUUUUUUUAUUUUUACAAAAAAAAAAAUAAAUAAAAACUAUAAAUAAUACUUUUUUCAAUCAAAAUGGAAACUGUAAAAAUUAAUAGUAUGAAAGCCUGUUAAUCCCUAACAUGAUGGGGCCAGAAUUUUCUGACAAUCAUUACACAAGUCAUUUCUAUCUAGCUUGGCCUGUGCUGGGUAAAACCAGUCCACCUGCUUGCUCGCUGGAGCGAGUCAUGACAUUUAUGUCAUAUGCAUUACAUCAUGGCUGCUGUAGGUGAGACCAUCAAAAAAGGGAUAUAUAACCAUGAUAUAGCACACAUUAAUUAUUUCAGGCAAUAUAUUUUUCAUUUCACAUGUACAGACAAUAUGUAAAUAUAUUUAAUUCAAUAUCUUCCUAAAUACAAAUGGAUGGCAAUUCAGCUUGGGUGGAGAAAGAAAAGUUAGAAUGGAAUGUGAAGAAAAGUACAGGAAGUUGUUGUUGUUGCUGUUGUUUUUUUGAGGGUGGGGGAGGGGGGUUGCUUGUUUGCUACACUGAGUUUUGAAUGAGACAGACAUUGGCACAGUCAAGGUAGUGCAAGUUCAAGGAAACUCUAGUCAAACACUGGCCAAAUGACUAUUUUGAGGUAUAUGCAUUUUCCACAUCUUUCAUCCUUGAACAUACUUUCUUACAUUUACCAGGUAAGAUAUAAAAUUGUCAAUUCUCAUAUUGUUUUGCAUUUUGGUAAUGUAUUGUGAAAUAUAAUUAUAUUCAUUGUACUAAUUCUAGACUGGUUACCACUAAACAUGGUACAGGACUCCCUUCAUUCCAAUCCAUAAUGAACAAUUUUCAUGCCACAUGUGUCUGCCUUUCUUAUGCUGGAUUAUAUAUUUUGAGGCCCAAGUAUUACUUCAUCAUACAUGAUGCACUCAUAUUUAGAAAUUUACUAAAAAAGCUACAUCAUAUAUAUAUAUCUCACUUUCAUUGGCUAAAUGUGGUGAUGUCAUUAGCUCGGCCUCCUUGUUUGAUCCCAACAAUUUGUGAUAUUUUGUAAUUUUUUUCAGUGCUUUUUUUUUUUUUUUUUUUCCCAGUAGACAAUCCCUCCCAAGUUAUGACAAUGAUGUCAUUGGUUUAUAACUACUAGAGUGUUUAACCCUACUAGAGCAUUUGCUUUCAUUCAUUUGAGAAUCUGAAUGAGAAGAGAAAACAAGGGAAAGUGAGAGAAAGUAUGUAAAAAAUAAAAAAGAAAAGCUUGAAGUCAAACAAGGAGAGGGAGUGGGUAAGAAAAAAAGGGGGGGGGGGGCAGAUAAAUCAAAUAGGAUAUGAAAAAAGUAGGGCAUAAUCAACUAACUAGCCACAAUGGUGGCUUUGUGAAGAAAAACAGUAAUAUGAGCAGCCACAGAGCAAAGCCUCUCAAAAACAGGUAGACUAUUUUUCUGCAAUAAUUCUGUUAAUGCUUUGGAUGAUUCUUCCAGAUACAAACCUCCAAACCCACCUUUUCUACCCCUUCAUCUCCCUGUGCAAAUCCAUGUUUUAUUCUUGCCUCUCUCUUUCUUGUCAAUGAGUAUUGCAUAAAAUAAGAUUUCCCAUAGUGUAAGGCAUGUAAAACUCCCUACCAAUACUCCCCUUCCCUUGAUAAUUCCAACUGUCUUCUAGUCAUAUGAGUGCCUCUAUUGUUGUCUGCCUUAUUCCACUUGUGAAUAAACACCAUCUCCUCCCUCUCUCCCUCUUUGGUCCUUCUCCCCUUUGCACUCUCCCUCUCUCCAUUUUCAAUGGCAGUGAUUACUUUGUUCAGGUUACUCUGAUAUCUAAUAGAACUGACAUUCCUGCACCCACAGGUUAUUAUGUAAUUUUGAGGUCUGGCAGUGACAUUUCACUACUGGUGAUAUGACUCAAGCUCCACUAUAGGUAUUUAUGUCAGUAAGAGGCACCAACCUACUCAGCUGUGUGUUGACACAAUUCUAACAUUAGAAGUGGGGGGGGGUGAUAUUAAAUGAAAGAUAAUGAUGAUCAUGCAUCUGCAGUAACAUACAUAAUUCAUUUAUUUAUCUAUUGAAAAACUUCUGUCAUGUCAACAUUUAGGGUCAUUAGCAACUAAUUCAAAAUAAGCUUAUUGACGAAACCCCUCCCACUCCGGUAAAGAAAUAUUUUGGUUCAUAUGGUGAUGUUUGUGGGUUCCCAGACUGGUUCAUGGUCAGAUAUCAAAGGCCAGAAAGCACUAUGAAGACGUAUUGUGGCAAAAAGGUUAAAAAUGAGUUGCCAAUUACGACAAAGUAUGUAUGUUAGAUGUCAAAAGUUGUGAAGUGCUCUCCGUUAGCGUUGUAAUGAAAAGGGUAAAGAGGAAUGAUCAAAUGGAGUACAAAGGCCAUUCAGGACUGACAAAAAGCCAGCCUUUCAUUCUUUCAGCACAGCUCUCACACUUCAGGAUGUGAACAGGAGAAAGGGAAGAAGGAGAAGGAAAAAGAAAGGGGGAGAAGAAAAGACCAUGCAAAUUAGGUAUGGCAAGGGCUGAGAUUCAAGGUAGGGAUAACCCCUUACAUAGGGUUUCUGUCUCCAUCUCAUAAGCCCCCUAUGACAACAAGCAGCAAGGGGGGGUGGGGGGUUAAGGAUUGAACAAGCAACACAUUCAGUACUUUAGGUUAGUGGGAGGAAGGGGUGAAGGGGAACAUGAUGAGCAGGAUGGAUGGAUGUCUGCAAUCACUUUGCAAAGGAAAGGAAAGUCAGGGGUCAGGAUACCAGAGAAGUUAAUUUCAGAUAGAAUAGUUGAAGGGGGAGCAAGCUCAAUGCCACUAAUAAAGGUACAAAAUCAUUAUUGGCCAUUGUGAGCCUGAAAUAUGUGGGGAAGAGAAAAAGUCUACCCCUUAUGGUCCCUCUAUGAGGGAUAAAGAGGACUGUUCAGGACACACAAAGACAGCCGUUUGCCCUUUCAACACAGAUCCUACAUCUUAGGAAGUGGACAGAUAAGGUUGGAAAAGUGAGGGGGAGGGAGAGAGAAAACAAAGAAGGGAGAGGUGAUCAACAUAGGGCCUUCGCUCCCAUCUCUAAUGCCUCCCCAUGAUGAUAACAGGCAUGGGAUUGGGGGAUAUAUAAAGCUAAAGAAUGGAAUUCAUCCUGGGUAUUUGCUAACUUUACAAAUCAUUCUGUGCUAAUAUGCCAAAAUUUCUGAACUUUCUUUAGUGAGAGAAACUAACAAGUAUAAAUUAGUGUAGAUGAUUGUGUCAAAAUCUUCAAUUUAUAAAAUCAAGUCUAUAUAUUCCUAGAGAUGACAAUUUGUUUCCUGAGAAUUACCAAAAGAGUGCUGUCAAUCAUUUUGCUAUGAAACAGCACAAUCAGUACAUUUCCUACUGAUUAUUCAUCUUAUAGCUUUGUAAUUGUUUCACUGUGGCAGCAGCCUUCAAAAGUUCUUGGCAGUUUUAGGACUAGUAUCAAUUAUAGAGGUAAUGCUACACUGCAACAUGUUAUUUGCAGUGUCAAAAAUGUAAAAAUUUUAAAGCAUUUCUAGAGAAGGAUGUAUAUACACAUAUAAAUCAAUCUGUAUUGUAAUUGGUUUAAUAUUCCAUCUUUUGCUACAUAUAUAAAUAGUGAGCUUCAAUUAUGGUGUAGUUCUGGAAUUCAUAUGAAAACAAAAUGACAAUCUGUUUCUGAUGUAUUUCACUUACUUAAAAUGUUUAUGUACAA